UUAUGACAUUUUGGCGGGGAUAGGUUCAUCGACAUGAAUUCAUUUUGAAUUGUAUCUGAAACUCUGAAUGGCUUAUCAUCAUGAAUACGGCUCUCGCUUCCUUAACCAACCAGAUCAGAGAGGUCACGAUAUCAACACUCUCUUCAUCUCCGGCCUUCCCGAAGACGUCAAAGCCCGCGAGAUUCAUAAUCUCUUUCGCCGCCGCCCCGGAUUCGACUAUUGCCAGCUCAAGUACAACGGACGCGGCUCCCAGGUUGUUGCAUUUGCCACUUUUGUUAAUCAUUCGUCAGCAAUGGCAGCUCUACAUUCAUUAAAUGGUAUAAACUUUGACCCCAACAAUGGAAAUCUUCUGCACAUUGAAUUGGCGAGAUCAAACUCUAGGAGGAAAAGAAAGCUAGGAAGUGGACCGUAUUUUGUAAUUGACAAAAGAUCCAAAGUUGCAACUGAUAACCAAUUGGCAUCAAGCGAUGAAGAUGAAAUUGUAGAGGAAGAACCAUCACAGAAUAACAGGCCUGAUUCUGACAAUGAAAAUGGUUUGGGUUUUACAAAAAGUUGUGUAGCAGCUGAUCUUGGCAGUUGUGUAGUGGCUGAUGAUAAAGAAAAGGGAGGUACUGAAUCGCAAUGUUCAACUCUGUUCAUUGCCAAUUUAGGUCCAAACUGCAAUGAGAAGGAAUUGAAGGACCUUUUUUCUCAAUAUCCUGGGUUUAAUAUCAUCAAGUUCAGUUCUAGAGGUAGCAUGCCAGUUGCUUUUGCAGAUUUUGAGGGAAUUGAACAAGGUACAGUCGCCAUGGAAGGUUUACAAGGUAGCUUAUUACCAUCAUCUGAAGGAGGAGGAAUUCAUAUAGAAUAUGCAAAAUCUAAAAUGAGGAAGUCAGAGAAGGAAAACAACAAUACAUAAACUUUUCCAUUCAAGCUUGCACAGAAUGAAGGGAAAAGAGCCAGGGUGAGGUUAUAUGCUUGUAAGUUUACUGAUUAUUUUCUCGUAAUGGUCAUAUCCUUGGUACAUACUGACAUGGUCUUCAACUAUGUGUAGAGCUCUCUAUAAGCAUGCAUAUGUUCCUCUUUGAUACAUAUGCCUGAACUUUGAGAGAUAAUCCAGUUUCAAUAUUAGUAUACAUUCUCUACUUAUUACACUAUUAAUUACCA